AUGAAGGCGAAUAAGAUUGCGGCGGAUUGUUGUUUGCGGUUUCCGGUGGAUGCAAAUGGCCGUGGUGGGUGUUCGGAGAGAAUAUUAUUGGCGUUUUGUUGCACGUCAAUGGCUGUGAAUUCGGGUUUGAAUUUUGUAGAAGAACGCAAUCGAGCAUAUUUGUUCGUGAGAGGAAUCCUUCUUCUCAAGAACCCAAAAGAGGAUAAAAACUGGAGUUUUAAACUUCUAAAUCUUUUGGAUUUUACAAGUAAAAGAAAACGGAUGUCAGUUAUCGUUCAGGACGAGACCGGACAAAUUCUUUUAUUGUGCAAAGGCGCCGACAGCAUAAUCUUUGAACGCUUAGCAAAAAAUGGAAGAAGGUUUGAGGAGGCUACUACAAAGCAUUUAAAUGAUUACGGGGAAGCCGGUUUACGUACGCUUGCGCUUGCGUAUAAAAAACUCGAAGAAUCCGAGUACAUAUCGUGGAAUGAGGAAUUUACAAAAGCAAAAACUGCGAUUGGUGGUGACAGGGAGGCGAUGCUUGAACGCGUUUCGGACAUGAUGGAAAAAGAUUUGAUUCUUGUUGGUGCAACGGCUGUCGAAAAAGUGCCUCAAUGUAUCGAUAAAUUAGCACAAGCUGGUCUUAAGAUAUGGGUAUUAACAGGGGAUAAAAUAGAAACUGCAAUCGACAUAGGGUAA